UUUCAGCAAAGUGUUUUCAUUUCAGACAAAUGAUGAGCUUUAAAAUGUGCCUCAAAUGCUAAAUUCAAUCAUAGUUUUGCCAACCCCUCCCCCUUUUUUAUUCUAGUUGUGAAGAAACCAAGUAACCAAAUAGAAGGCUGCGCUCUAGAUAACAAAUAAUAUAAAAAAGGAGCGCCUUUAUUUCCCUUAUGACAAAAUGUCAGUGGCGUUUUCUUCAGCGCGUCCCAGGAGUAAAAGCGAGGUGACGCAACAAGCCAUCCAGAAGAUGUUGGAUGAAAAUCAUCAUUUAAUACAAUGUAUAAUGGAUUGCCAAAGCAAAGGGAAGACAGUUGAGUGCACACAGUAUCAGCAGAUCCUGCACAGGAAUCUUGUUUACUUGGCCACAAUAGCUGAUUCUAAUCAGAACAUGCAGUCACUACUACCGGCUCCUCCUAGUUCCAAUAUGUCCAUGGAUCCUGGAAGAAUGAGCCAGAGUGGGGGACAUGCUUCAAGCAACCUCAAUGACAACAUGGGACCACUGCCCCCGUACAUGAUACAGGGCCAACUGAGUAACGGCCCCAGCCAUGCCCUCAUGCAGUCAGGUCACAUGCAGUCAGCUAUUACUUCCGCCAGCAGCAACACUAGCUCAGUGUCCAACUACAGCCCUGCCACACCCUCCUCUCAGGGUAGCUUGAUCCAGGACCCCUGGUCUGGUUAUGGAUCCUCUUCCUCUUCCACGCCUUCAUCUUCCUCCUUCCCCCGCAGCAACCUCAACACACACUCUAGCCAAGUCUCCAUGAUGCACCAACAAUCUGCUCCUCCACAACACUCCUCAGCCAAUUCAGGGAGGCGGCACUAUCAGGGACAUCAAUCGAUGAGUAUGAUGGGACAGACCAACCAGGGAAAUAACACAAUACCUCAGAGACCCAUGGGGCCCUACCGGCCCUCCCAGCAAGGAUCUGCACAACACUACAUGGGACAGGAAGAGUUCUACGGAGAGCAGUAUGGACACACUCAGAACUCCACCGAGCUCACAAACCAGCAGUAUUACACUGAUGGUAAAAAUAUUAUUCAUAUCAUCACUCUUCAUACGGUGAACAAGGUUACGAGAGGUCGUUUGGUGAGUCUUCACAGCACUACUAUGAAGGAGCUGCCCUUACAGGUAACUCUCAGUACAGCCAACAGCAGGGCUCAUAUCAACAGAGCACUGGUCAGCAGCCGGCUUUCAGUCAAGAGCAGUACUCCUCUCAGCAGGGCUACAGCGGGCAGCCACAAGGAUAUGGUCCUAGCCAGGGAGGACCAUCCCAGUUUUCCCAGUAUCAGCAGAGUCAGAACCAACAGUAUGGAUCUUAUCAUUCUUCCCAAGGAGGACCUGCAGGACAAACCCAAAGGUCUUUCACCUAUGAACAGGGUCAGUAUGGAAAUUUGCAGCAAUGAGGCAACACACUGUUUUCAAGUCUAGGAAACAUUCAUCUAUACAUGCUUCAACAAUAAUCUCCUCAACAUAUGGAAAGGAAGAUCUCUCUGGACCCGACCUAUUAUCUUAUGCUGAUCAAGAUAAGCUGAUUUAUCAAACACCACGUUUUCCUUCACGCCAUAAUAUUUUUAAAGCGUAGCAGAAUAAAGAAAACGGUACUUGUGACUCAUGGAAUCUCACGGAAUUGGAACAGUUAUUUUGGUUUAUACAUCUGACAGGUAAAUAAGUAUGAAAAAGAUGCCAUUCCUUGUUUUUAUAUUUAUUUUUUAUUUCAAAGCCCUGCAGAUUUUCCUGUUAGUUAGGGAAAUUAGUUGUAUUCACUUUCUAAAUAUGUCAUAGACCCAAUAGGGAAAUUGCUGGUUAUGAUUUUUUAACUGUCUCAUUGUUGGUUAUAAGUUUGGUGGUUUUAUAUUCAGCAUCAAAUUUUAGUGGCAUUGCUCAGCUUACCUAAGCAUAUUGUAGAGAUGGACCAAGAAACUGGAAAUUGUCAAUUAAAUUUGUAUCAACUUCAGCUUAAACAGCUUUAAAUUAUGAAAGGGCCCGCCAGAAGUUUUAAAAUCUGUUUUUUUUUUGGACUGUAACCAUAAGAAAAUACUUAAUGAUUUCCAGUAUCAAUAUAAAUGCUCACAAAUAAGGGUUGAUGAAAGCACAGAAAUGUUUGAUAUUUUACAGUUAACUGUAUUUAGUAAAAGAUGACGAAAAAUGUCUUAAUAAGAGAGUGACACUAAAGAGAGUUAAAAGUAGGGCUAAGUAUGGGAAAGGUGCUCUAUGUUACCCUGCUGGUGGUUCAACCUCUGUCUGUUAUGGAAAGUGUUGGAUUUGAUUUUGUCAUCAAUCAUUUUGAAAAAUGAUAGGUAAUGCAUGGAUCUUUAUUCUGUAGUAUGUAAACAGAGAUUACUUUUUAAGUAAUCCUAUAAACAUGCUAAUCUCUAAGAUGCUAAAGACUGUUUGUCAUUUGUAAAGAUAUUAUUUAAUUAUUAAUGUAUUAGUAAAAUGCCAACAUAACCUCUGCUCCUAAUGAAAAAAAAUCUACAAAUUAAAUUGUUUUAUUUAGUUAAAUUAAUUUAGUUAAUUUGUUUUUUACACGCUGCUAUAGUAUCUUGUUUUAUUACUGUUCUUAAACAGGAAUUCUUUUUAGUUGAAAAACUUAUCUGCAGGUCAAAGCUUAACAUUCUUAUCUAUUCAGUUUUUAGUUAUAUGCAGUUAAGUGGAUGCUAGUCAGUACUUAACUUUGGAUUUAAAUGUUUUGUGACUUUGUCUGCACUUUUAUUACUAUUUUGUAGCAACAGUGAACAUAUUGUCUAAUAUUUUGUAAUGUAAAACACAAUACAGUUUUUAUUUAGAAGUGAUCCUGAAAGCCAAAGUAACCCAAGAAAUGUAGCACUGAUGUGUUCUUAAUCUUCGCUUUUGUAGGUGCAACACGCUUAUUUAUGUUAUGCAUUCUUCUACUAAUAAAUGUACAAUUCAGUUUAUUUCUACUGAAAGCACAGUAAAAGCUAAAUGUAUUGUUUCAACUUCUUUAGGUCUUGAUCCUUUGCAAACAUGCGGUGCACAUCUUGCAUAAUUAAUUCUUCCAUCCAUCCAUCCAUCCAUCCAUCCAUCCAUCCAUCCAUCCAUCCAUCAGCUUAAUGCAUAAUGAUUGUUAUUAAUUUAUGUUUUGUGAAACAUAAAGAUGAAGAACAGACAUUAACCGUACAGUAUUUUUUAUAAACAAGGUGGUUGUCUGGGAUCCAACUCCUCAGUGUUCUGCUAAAAUGUAUCUUACCUCAAAAAACCUGAAAACGGAACAGUUGCAGUUGUUUUUGCAGUACUAAUCUAUAAGCUGACUGUCAAACAGUCAGUUAUUUUUGAACCACCCAACACUGACAAUCCGAUUCUCCUCUAUGCUGUAACAAGUUUAUUUCCUUGUUUCGAUUUACUGUGAAUGAAACAAUUAAGAGAUUUUUCUUAUUCGUCUGUACUUUGUGUUUUUACCUGUGCCUGUAAACAGAACCUCCCUGAGGGGAUUGUGUGGGUGUAUGUGUAUGUUUGCUACGUGGUGUUGUAGAUACAAUAUGCAUUUUGCAGAAGGAAUGAGUCUAAUUGGAUGUAUGUCAUUUAAAUGUGGAUAUCCUAUACCUGUCUGAUGUAAGACUUUUUCGUUUAAAGUUUGAAUCUUAUGUCUUUUAUUACUAUUUGCUAUAUUAAAAUGAAUUGAUAAUCCUUUUUAUGUAUAUUUUUUU